UGUUUCUUCUCAUUCACGUGCGGCAAUUCCUCCGUUUUCGAGCGUUUAAAACAUGUCGAUUGUUGUUUCUUAUUUAUGUAUUUUUGAAGCGAAUGAAAUUUUUAAUCAAAUGAUGCCUUACCGCUACAGUUUCUUGGGAUUUUUUAUAUAAUAAAUGAAAGUAUAGUAAGCAUGGGGAUAGUGAGUAAAACAUUGGAACGACAUCUCCCAGUACUUCAGCAAAGAAAAAUAGAAGAGAGUAGUUAAAUGAAAUAUUUAUAAAAAAUUCCUCUCGUGGGAUCUAUAUAAAGAAAAUAUUUCCUACAUUUGAAGGAAGAAACCUGUCCAUUCAACCAACAAUAACCAUACUAUUUCCUAUACCUUCCCCAGAACCCUAGUGAAGAGGGCGAGGAUAGAGACACCAGUUCCAGUUCUUCUGGAACUGAUAAUGGUGAAAGAGCAGACAAUUUCGAUGAUGAAAGAGAAUCAAGAUCUAUCAAUUAUCAUCCAUUUAUGGAGGAAUCUAAUCCAACAGAAGAUUCCAAUAUGCCUGAUCUUGAUAGUAGUACUAGUGAUGAAUCGUCUGGCUCUGAUGAGGGAAUUGGAACAGGAAAUAUUACUCAUGAGUUAUUCGUGAAUGAACAGAAUCAAAUAGAUGGUUCUGAUGAUUGUGAACCUGCUAUUAUUAGUGAUGAAUCGUCUGACUCAGAUGAUAAAAUUGAAGCAGGAAAUAUUACUCAUGAGGUAUUCCUAAAUGAGCAGAAUCAAAUAGAUGGUUCUGAUGAUUGUGAAUCUGCUAUGAUUAGUGAUAGAGUGUCUGAUUUGGAGGAGGAAAUUGAAUCAGAGAAUGAAACUAAUCAGGCAGUUGUGGAUAGUCAGAAUCAAUCAGAUGGUUCCAGUGAUUCUGAUCCUACUGUGAUCAGCACUGAACCUCGUGAUGUGAUUGAUGAAAUAAAACAGGAUGAGGCAACUUUGGAAGAACCAAAUGAAAUGAUAGGCACCAUUGAUAUUGGUGCUACUAUAAAGAGAAAUGAUGGUUGUCCUCAUACCUAUGUUAUUGAUUUAAGAGAAAAGAGGCUUUUGGCGGAGUCUUCCAAAGUGAAGAAACGUUUGGCUGGUGAAGAAAGCUUUAAAGAGAACAAGCGCUUGGCGCAAAAGAAGAAGGGGUUUCGCUCCUUCAUGAGACAGCUUUUUACUAGCUGUUACAAGCGAAUGUAAACUAUGAGAUUGUCAUUAUCCUGAAUUGAGUCACCACCAAGCCUAUUGAGUCAUUAUGAACGUUAUCUAGUCAUUAUGAACUUUCAUGAGUCAUUGCGAACUUUGUUGAGUCGUUAUGAACUUUCCUGAGUCAUAAUGAACUAUGCUAUUGCGUCAUGAACUUUAAUGAGUCAUUAUGGGCUUCAUGAUUAUGAAAUUUAUCGAGUCAUUGUGAACUUUAUUGAGUCAUUAUGAACUUUGUGGAGUCAAAAUGAACUUUAUUAAGUCAUUAUGAACUUCGCCAUUAUGAACGUUUCUGAGACAUUAGGAAACUUAUUGAGUCAUUAUGAACUUUUGUGAGUCAUUAUGAGCUUUUCUAAGUCAUUAUGAACUUUUCUAAGUCAUUAUGAACUUUGUUGCGUCAUUAUGAAGUUUCCUGUAUCAUUAAGAGCUUGGAUGAGUAGUUAUUUACGUUACUACUUUAGUAUGAAAUUUAUGAAGGCAUUAUGAACUUUAUUGAGUCAUUAUGAACUUUUAUUAAGUCAUUAUGAACUUUGCUGAGUCAUUAUGAACUUCGCUAAUCUGAGCUUUGUCGUGCUAUUAUAUACCAAAAUUUGAUUUAUAUUAUUAUUUGUUCUUUAAAUCAAAUAUUGUACUGUCGA